AUGUGCUCUGACCCCUACAGGAAAGGAGGCAACAACAAGCUGAUAAAGAUCUUCCACCGGGAGGGGAAGUACGGCUUCUCCGACCCUUUGACCUUCAGCUCCGUGGUGGAGCUCAUCAACCAUUACCGCCACGAGUCCCUGGCGCAGUACAACCCCAAACUGGACGUCAAGCUGCUGUACCCGGUGUCCAAACACCAGCAGGACCAGGUGGUGAAGGAGGACAGUAUUGAAGCUGUAGGGAAGAAGCUCCACGAAUAUCAUCUGCAGUACCAGGAGAAGAACCGGGAGUACGACCGACUGUACGAGGAAUACACCAGAACCUCACAGGAGAUCCAGAUGAAGAGGACGGCCAUCGAGGCGUUUAAUGAGACCAUAAAGAUCUUCGAGGAGCAGUGUCAGACUCAGGACCGCUUCAGCAAAGAGUACAUCGAGAAGUUUCGCCGGGAGGGCAACGACAAGGAGAUCCAGAGGAUCAUGGAGAACUACGACAAGCUGAAGUCUCGAAUCAGUGAGAUCGUGGACAGUAAGCGUCACCUGGAGGUGGAUCUGAAGACACAGGCCGCAGACUACAGAGAGAUCGACAAGAAGAUGAACAGCAUCAAACCAGACCUGAUCCAGCUCCGCAAGACCAGGGACCAGUACCUCAUGUGGUUGACCCAGAAGGGAGUUCGUCAGAGGAAACUCAACGAGUGGCUGGGCCUGAAGAACGAAACAACCGAGGAGUAAGUUUGAUAAAUCAACUUGUUUU